CCGCUGAAUUUAUUUAGCAGCCAUCAGCAGAAGGAUUUGACCUGUUUGCCUGCAAUCCUGCACCUCAGAAUAACUAAAAGGCAAUAUUGUUCAGGUUUGGAGGUUUGCUCCUGAGAAGUUUGGAGAAGCCACACAGCUCCCAGGCCCUCUCCAGGAUGAGCCCGUGUAUGUCUUGGAAGAUUUUCAGGAGAGCUGACAAAAAUGAUGAUGGGAAGCUGUCCCUGGAGGAGUUCCAGGCCUUCUUCUCUGAUGGGACACUCAACGAAGAAGAACUUGAGAAGCUCUUUCAUACCAUUGAUUCAGACAACACCAAAAUAUUUUGCUGACCAUAUGGGAGACUAUGAAGAUGUUCUGGCCUCCCUGGAGAUGCUGAACCUCUCCAUCCUGAAGGCCAUGGACUACACCAAACGGGUGUACGAGAGCGGCAGCAACGUGGAGCAGUUCGUGACCCGCUUCCUGCUGAAGGAGACCGCCAACCAGACCCAGUCCCUGCUGAGCUCCGUGGAGAGUGCUGUGGAUGCCAUCGACGAGCAAACCAACCCCGCCAGGCACUACCCCAGCAAGGAUGGUCACGGCCUGAGUGACACCUGGUAUGACAACCCUGCACCCAGCUACCCUCCCACCACCUGGAUGGUCCCCAGGGAGCAAGGAAAGAGCUUCCAGACUGGUUCCCCUGACACCAAGGCAGAGGGGCUGGAGGGGCAGAUCAACAGGCUGGCCAAGCUGAUUGGCAAGCUGGAGGACAAGACCCUCUGGUUUGACCUGCACCAGCGGCUGUCGGACAGCGAGAGCACAGCUUGCACGUACCUGCUCCUGGUGAGGAACGAGAUGACAGUGUCACACAAGCACCUGGGCGAGUUCUGCGGCUCCCUGAAGCAGUACCUGAAGAGCGUGGCCGGGGAGCGGGACUGCUUCCACGUCACCGCAGUGAAGCUGCCUGAUGGGGUCACCUUCAUCGUCUAUGAGUUCUGGGAGACCGAGGAGGACUGGAAGAGGCACCUGCAGAGUGCCACCUGCAAGAGCUUCCAGCACGUCAAGGUGGACACGCUCAGCCAGCCUGAGGCCAUCUCCAGCGUGGCCGUGCCAGCUGCCUGGUGCACUCUGAGCCGGGAGUGACAGUGACCGUCGGCGCCGGGGCCGCCAGCCCCUGCCCCUCUGCGGGGUGGCUGUGGCUGGGGGAGGUGUCGCUGUGACCUGGCUGCAGGGAAGGAAACUCCCGUGUGUGUCCCCCCUCACAGAGCCCUCCCUCAGCUACCACAUCCCCUGGGCCAUCUCCCCCUGGCGUGGGGUGGUCUGGGGGCGAAGAAGGACUGCCAGGGAGGGGCUGGCAGGGGUUGGGGAGGGGACAUCC